UGAACUUUCUUUAUUAUAGUUGCCCAACUCACUCCCUGAGGGUCCGAUUUAAGCCCCAGAAGGAACACAAUUGAAACAAAAUGACACGACAUCAGAGAAAUUGCACAGCAGGAACUGUUUAUACAUAUCAUGAAAGACAAAAGGACGCUGCUGCAUCGGGUUAUGGCACCAAUAAAGCUCGUCUUGGGAAAGACUCCGAGAAAGAUUUUGAUUGCUGUUGUCUUACCUUACAACCGUGCAAGAACCCUGUCAUUACGAAAGAUGGCUACUUGUAUGACAAGGAAGCCAUCUUGGAGUAUAUUCUCUUGAAGAAAAAAGAAAUCAAACUUCAGAUGAGUGAAUAUGAGAAACAAAUCAAGAAACAAGAGAAACUGGAUGAAGAUGGAAAGAAAUCACAACAAUUGAAGAGAGUCCAAGACUUUGUUGAAUCAGAGAGCAGUAUCAUUGGUGGAGCCUCUUCUGCGAAGCGAGCAAGGAUGGGCGAGGCUUCGACAUCGAACGGUACCAAGUCGGUUUCUAACAUGAUCGAUGGCAGAAAUAAAGAAUUGCCGAGCUUCUGGAUCCCUGAACACACUCCGGAUGCAAAACCAACCCUCGUCAAAAAACCUGACAAGACAAUCUACUGUCCGAUGAGCAAGAAUCCUCUUUCUCUGAAAUCACUCAUUCCUGUCAACUUCACACUAGUAGACGAGAAGGACAAGACACCACUCGUUGCUAAGAGAGAGAGAUUUAAGUGUGCAGUCACCCAUGAUGUUCUCUCAAACUCAACGCCGUGUGCUGUUCUUAAACCAAGUGGUAAGGUAGUCACAAUGGAAUGCAUCAAGAAGCUCAUCAAGAAAGACAUGAUUGAUCCUUUUACCGAAGACAAGCUUGAAGAAACAGACAUCAUUGAAUUCAAAAGGGGAGGAACAGGUUAUGCCAGCACUGGGGCCAAGGCAGCAGAGAAGGCUAGGCCUGUCAUGAUGGCCUCAUAGUCCAGACUCUAUACUCCAAUUCCUAGUCCUACUUAUCUCUCUGCGGUAGUCCUGUUCAGACCUUUAUCUAUCCAGAUUUAAACUUGGAUCCUUGUCCAGCUUGUCAUCUAGAGGAAAAUCCACUAAUCGGAUUCUAAGCAGGACCUUAAUUUAAACCAUGGACCUGUCAUGAUGGCCUCAUAGUCCAGACUUUAUACUUCAGUUCCUAGUCCUGCUCAUCUCUCUGUGGUAGUCCUGUUCAGACCUUGAUCUAUCCAGAGCUAAAAUUGGAUCCUUGUCCAGGUUGUCAUUUAGAGUCUAUCCACUAAUAGGAUUUUAAGCAGGACCUUAAUUUAAACCAUGGACCUGUCAUGAUGGCCUCAUAGUCCAGACUUUAUACUUCAGUUCCUAGUCCUGCUCAUCUCUCUGUGGUAGUCCUGUUCAGACCUUGAUCUAUCCAGAGCUAAACUUGGAUCCUUGUCCAGGUUGUCAUUUAGAGUCUAUCCACUAAUAGGAUUUUAAGCAAGACCUUAAUUCAAACCAUGGACCUGUCAUGAUGGCAUCAUAGUCCAGCCUUUAUACUCUGAUUCCUAGUCCAGCUCAUCUCUCUGCUGUAUGCCUAUUCAGACCUUGAUCUAUCUAGAUCUAAACUUGGAUCCUUGUCCAGCUUGUCAUCUAGAGUCUAAUCCACUAAUAGGAUUCUAAAGAAGACCUUAAUUUAAACCAUGAACCUGUCAUGUUGGCCUCAUAGCCCAGACUUUAUACUUCAGUUCCUAGUCCAGCUCAUCACUCUGCAGUAUGCUUUGAGUCCUUGUCAGACCAUGAUCUUACACCCAGGUCUGACCUUGGAUCCAAGUCAAGAUUUUCCUCCUGAAUCUACGCCACUUGUCUGGAUUCUAAACCAGAUCUUGUUUUUAAACUGUAGACCUGUCAUGAAUUGCAUCAGAGCCCAGACUCUAUACUCUGGUUCCUAGUCCUGCUUAUCACUUAGGUGUAUAGUAGUCAUAGUCAGAGCAUGGUCUAAAAUCCACAUCUACGCCUGGGCUCUUGUUUCAUCACCGACCUCUCCCAGACUUGACUUGACAUCCUUGUCUGGAUUUUCAAGGCCACCACACACCUUACAAUUGCUCUGCAACCAGAUGUAGGAUUAUAAUCAUAAUUUAAUGAUAACGUCGAGACAUUUAAUAUCCUAGUAUGUAAAGUUCUAAAUCACUGUACGAAUAAAUAUGUUCAAAUCUGUGACUAUCCUGUCAUCCUUGUUAAAUAAAGGCAAAUUUAAUAUGUAGUCAUAAUGAUGACAUAGCAAUCAUACGAUUGACUAAGAUUUGAAUCUAAGUUUGCCUUUACUCCAAAAAUAAAGGCUUGCAAUCAUCCAAAAUUAUCAUAUUAGUAUUCUUUCAGUUAAUUUGAACCUCAAAUAGAUACAAUAUCAUUCACAUUUUCAGAAAAUGAGCAAAAUGCGAUUUGUUCCAAAAUCGAAUUUUGAACCAGUCAUAAGGUGUGCGAUGGCGUCAAGACAGACAUGGCUUUAAAUCAUAAACAUGUCAUGGUCAGAACAGCGCCCCCAAUAAUAUUGUUUUUAAUUUUCCUUCAUUUUAUUGAUUUUAAGAUGAAAUGUUUUUUCAGAAUUUGAUUUUAAUCAAGCUCUUAUUAGUAAAUCAGAUUUAAACGGCUUGGUAUGUGAAAUGUCGUUGCAAUUUAUUGAUAUUAUUAGGAGGUGUCCUGUGUAGAGGUUUGGACUCUCAUCUCCUAAAGAGAGGGUUGUUCGUUCAAAUCUUACUCCAAGCAUUGAUUUCCUUUGGCAAGAAAUUUACCUGUAUCCAUAUUGUGCUGCACUAAACUCUGGUCAGAUAAAAGGAACCUUGGAGGAAUUCAUUCCUUGACACCCGGUGGGUGUUUCUUAAAGCUGUUCGUAAGAGCGACUUUAAGAACGAUCCUUUCUUGUGGUAAAUGGUAUGUUCAUUGGCGAUGGUUUUGCGCGUAAGAAAGGUUCACAGUCGGUCUUAAAGCUGCUCUUAACUUACGAACAACUUUAUGAAAUGGCCCCCCGCAGUGUGUAACAGCAGUUCUGCUACUAAACAUAGGGUAAUUAUGCUACAUUUAUUGUAUAGUGCUUAGAGACAUGAUAAAGUUUGUAUUCAUAUGCCUAAAAAAAUUCCCUUUUUUUUUACAAAAUGAGUCGUGUCCCUUUUCAUAAACUUGAUUCCAAAAGCUUUGUAAGACAAGAAAGGUCCAUUUAUACAGCACAAUUGCUUUAUGCAUACGCUCUACUGUGCUUGAUACUUGGUAUCACAUUAUUACCCUGGAUGUAUCUGAGCCCCCAUAUUGAUGCUAAAGCAUUCAAGUAAUAAAUCCUACCAGUUCACCUCUCCUGGGUUGAGUGCGGCACAAUGUGGAUCAAUUUUUCUUGCUGAAGGAAAAUAUGUUUACUUUAGGGACUGAGAGGUGACAACUGCUUAUUACUUGAAGGUGGGGUGGGUUGAGUUAAAAAAUCAUGAUUGUCAUUUGAUCUGAAUUAAAAGAAAAAUGCUUAACCCUAUAGAGCCCUGGCUAUUUUGAAAUAUCUCAGCAAGGCAAGGGAGGGAAUAUUUUUGGUUAUCAUUUGAUUACGGUAGUUUUGAUAAGUUAUACAGUGUAUAUGAAAAGCUUAAGAUCAGCUCUAUUUAUCAUAGCUAAAUCUAAAAAAAAAUUGUUGACUUAAUGGUUUAAGGUUGGCUGUCACAUGAUUAGAUGUACAUGUAGACUACCACUGAGCAAUCAUUUUAUUUUAUAUUUUACAAAGACUGCAAUUUGAAGAACUAUUUGAAGAAACUUGAUUUUGAUUACAAUUUUUGUCCCAUUAUUUAGAUAUCUUUGAUUAAUGAUAAAUAAUGUUUCAAUCAAUUUUACAAACUGAAUACCCUGUAUAAAAUGUUGAUAUUUUGUAAGUUAAUUGUAAAUAAAAUUAUGUGUAUGAAAUGUA